CAAUAAUAAAGCACAUCACUGUCUUAGAACGUAACAGGAACGCCAUUUUGCAUUAAUUAAAUAAUAUUUUUUUGUUAUUCCUAUUAUGUCUCUAAUUAUACUAUUUUGUUAGGGUCUAUAUAAAAAACAGACGAUCAUUCAAACGCAGUUUCACCGGGUACUUACAAAUUUUACAAACUGUUGACGUAAAAUAUUUACAUCCAUAAUUUACAGAUAAAUAUAUAUUGAAUGAAAAAUGACUGAAGAGGUAAACGAUCAGUUACCAACAAACGAUCCUGAUCUACAAAUUAUAAAACAAAAAAUAAGGAAUUUAUGCCAGAAGAACAAAUUUUGUGGCAUUUGCCUGGAGAGUAGUGAAAAUCUAUGGACAAUAGAUACAGAGUUUGAUAUUAUUAUAAAUAACGAGUCACAAAAGAAACUAAUCAAGGACAUCGUUUAUUAUGUCUUUAAGGAAGAUGUCAAAAGUGUUUUGGGAAGUCCCUUUAUUUGCAAUGACUGUUCUAGAAAUGCUAUACAAUGCUACCUGUUCAUAUAUAACACAAUAAAGUUAUCCAAAAUAGUUAAUAAAUACAUCGAAGAUUUAUCAAUGAAAAUAACAGAUUUAAAUAAUCAAUUGAUAUCUGAUGGCAGUUAUGAGAAUUCAAAUGUUGUAAUAAUACUAGAAAAUGAAAGUGUACAUAAACAUGUCGAUACGAAAACAAUCACUGAUAGUGUUGGAAUAGAGUUUGGGCUUAAUAAUGUAGAAAAUGCUAAAACAGAUAUAAAUUUUAAUUCUAAUGUACACCUAACUGGCAAUAUUACAGAAGCAGAAGACCAAAUUCAGACAGAUGGAACAAAGGGAACAAAUCUAGAAAUAUAUUUAAAAAAAAGAAAUAUAAAAAGACUGAAAAAUACAAUUUAUAAAUGCAUGAAAUGUAAAAGAGUCAUAUCUACAACUAAAAAGUGGUUGCAACACGAGAGACUAUGCCAAAUUUCAAGAAUAACCGGCAAAAUACAACCACUGCAAUGCAAAAUUUGUUAUGAAACAUUAAAGACCAAAAGACUUCUAUCGUUGCAUUAUAAAGUACACAAUAAGGCUAGAUGUAGAUUAUGUUUUAAUAUUAUGCCUGAAGAAACUUUUCUGGAGCAUUUAAAACUUAACCACGAAGAUGACAUAUAUGAGUGCGAAGUCUGUGAUCAUAUACUCUACUCUCCUUUAGCACUGGAAACGCACAUGAAGAGAAAACAUGGCGACCCGCAAUGUAUAAUGUGCUUGAAACAUUUUAAAGAAGCCGAUCUAAAAAUUCAUAAGUGUAAAUAUGGAUGUUUAGAUUGCAGAGAGAUGCCGUGUAUACAUUACAAAUAUUUAGUCUCAUAUAGAGAGCAAGUAAUGAAUCAAGCUACUAAAAUUAUGUGUUUGGAUUGUGAUUACGUUUGUCCGAAAAGAGAAGCAUUAUUGGGUCAUGUCAAUCGUGAGCAUUUAGACCACCACCCCUUUACUUGCGCUCAUUGUUCUCAGCAGUUUUAUUCUAAAGUGACUUUAAGGAACCAUUUAAAUCGAUUCCACAGGGAAAACUUGAUGUGCCAAUUCUGCGAUUUGGACUUUAAAAGUAAAACGACAUUUGACGAACACGUUGAAAUCUGUAAAUGGAUUAAACGACAAUUUAAAUGUGAUGUAUGCACAUCCUCGUUUGAUACUGAAGAAGAGUUGUCGAACCAUAAAAAUACUAAACACAAUGACGGCGUAUUCCCUUGCAAUUUAUGUAACAAACAAUUUUACACAAUAUUGAAAUUGAAAGAACACAUGUUUAGAAUACACAGUGGUAUACAACUGAAAAGAAGGCGAACCAACCUAGAAUGUCCAAUGUGUGAAACUAAAUUCGAUGCCAAGAAAGAACUGAUGCAGCAUAUUGCGACCCAUGGUCCCGACGCAAGAUUUCCAUGUAAAAUUUGCAAUGUUGAUUUCGACGACAUAAAGAAACUUCAUGCACACAGCCGCAUGCACUGCGAUGACGUCAUCAAAUGCAAUGAUUGUAACAAACUCAUAACAACUGCUUUCUUUCCUCAACAUAUGAUUUACUGUAAUGCCAAUAAGAGCACUGUCAAUGCAUAUGAAUGCGAGACUUGUGGUAAAACAUUCCAAACAGAGUCAAUGCUGAAAUUGCACAAGCAAGCUCAUUUGGACCCUGUAGAAUGUCCUAUCUGCAGAAAAUUAAUAAAGCCAAUAUAUUUGAAGAGACAUUUGAAGUACACGCAUACACAGAAGAAAUUGGUGAAGCCGAAAAAGAAUUUGAAAGUGGUGAAAUGCGACUGGUGUGGGCAUAUGGUGACAAGGAAAGGGGAGUUAGAGUCUCACGUCAAUAGAUUCCAUUUAAAAAUAAAACCUUACGAGUGUAAUAUUUGUAAGAAAACAUUUUGUGGCAAGGAACGUUUGAAGGAGCACAUCCAGACUCAUUCUACAGAACACACACGGUACUGUACUAUUUGUGGCAAGAAAUACGCGAACAGGGUGUGCUUGAAAAUGCACCUACGUUUACACUCGGGUGUUACGCCGUACGAAUGUGAUAUAUGCGGGGAGAAAUUUAGAUCUUCGAGUAUAAUGAACACACAUAAAAUAAAGAAACAUACUGAGAAAACUAUAUGUUGCCCGCUCUGCGAUACAAUGUUCUAUUUGGCUAGGGAGAUGAGGAAUCAUUUUAAGAAGGUACACUGGAAAAAUAAGGAUAAGAAAUUCGACCCGAGAGACGUGAAAGAGCUGGGCAAGGAGUACUAUUACCUAUUUGAGGAUAGAAGGCAACCGAAAGUGGACGAGAAUGAGUUGGUAUUGUAUUAAUUCAUUUCAGCUGUUACCUGUCCACUACUGAAUAUAAGCCUUCCCCAUAAGGGGAAAAGGCAAAAGCCAGUAUUUGACACACUUGGCGGGUGGGUCGACAACGGCAAUUAGGCUAUUAGAGAUCUUUUAAGAGGAAUGCUGCUGCCCAUUCCUCGCCCACCCUUAAUCAUCGUCCAUAAUCCUUGGGAAAGGAAAGGGUGGCCUAUUCUAUGCCGGGACCACACGGGUUAAUAAUUAAUAGAAAUUAUAGGUAUUUUUAAAAACAAUUAUAUUCAGAUUGGGGCGGAGAAAAAUUAAAAAAUAAUACUAUGUAGCGAACUGAUAUGAUAAUUAAUAUAAAUUCUUGCUCUAGUAGUGACAGACCUUUAAAAAAAAGCAGUUUUAUCUUCAGACAACUCGGCAUGUUCUAAUACCGUGCAAUCUAUACUCGAUCAAAUAAACCAUAAUAAUAUUAUAAACUAUAUUUCUUCAUACUCCAGAACUCAAGAACUCCACCUGCACUAUUUAUAUAGUUUACGCUUGGGUAAUUUUUUUAUUGGGAUGGUAUAAAACAAAGUCGCUGUCGCUGUCUGUCCGUCCCUGUGUUAAUACAAUGUACCUUAAAUACAUUGUCCAUUUAAUAUAGAUCAAUAUGGCCAUUUACAGCAUAUAAUUUAAAUAAAUAUUUCCAAAGAUAUUACGGAUUUAAAAUGCAAGGACAUAGCGGUGUGACGGUACUGGCCAGGCCGGCGGCGCGUGGCUAUAAAAUAGCGCGUCGAAGGCCGCACUUCGUUUGUAUUAUCUAAUGUCAAAAAAACUGUAAACGUUAUUUAUAAAGAUAUUCUGUAGUAGGUAGAUUUUUUUUUUGA